CAUAUAUGUUAUUUUAAUUUCAAUUACAAACUAUUGAUCCUUUGAUCAGCCACGCCAGUACCUUCAGGCUACAAGGAUGAUAUGUAGACGCUGUCAGCGGUCUCUCAGAAGCGGUGAAGGUCUCAAAUGUGGGAUUUGUGAGUCUUGUUUCCAUAUGAGAUGUGUCAGUGAUUCUGUGAAAGACCACCGCGAAAGCGGCGAUAGAGGUUAUCAAUGGAAGUGUUCUCUCUGUCAGAACUAUGUGAGCACACAUGCCAGCGGCUCAGAUAUAAGCAGUAAAGAGAAAGAUCACGCUGGAUUAAUGGCAGCUGUAAGUGCCAUAAGCGAAAAGUUUGAGCUUGUGAAUAAAAUUCAACUGCCGAAAUUGAACAGCGAACUAGCACAGAUUAAAAGUGUCGCAGAUCGGAUAGUCCAACAGAAUGAUGACAUACUACGGAAAAUUAAUGAAAUUGAAGAGAAAAGAAAGAAUGAAAAACAUUAUUGUACGACCAAUACCAGAUACAGAAGAAGGAAUAUUAGCCUAACACCUAAAUCUAGUCCACAGACGGAAACUAAAGAAGAAUCACCUUUAUCACUUACAGAAAAAAAUGUGAGGUAUAGAACGCGGAGACGGUCGUAUUUGUUGCACAGAAUAUUUAUCAUAUUAAACAGAAAAAUGAAGAGAACUCAGCCUUCCAAAAAGUAA